CAGAUUUAAUCAACUAAGUAUUCAAAAUUGCAUUUAUAUUUUAAAUAGACAAAUGCAUAAUGCAUUUCCGAUUAGGUUAUAUGAUUUCAACAUUUUUUUUCCAUGUAACCAUUCGAAUUUAAUAUUCCGUUUGCCUUAAUGGUCAGCUUCUAGCUGCUAAUUAUUUGAAAUAUGUUAACAUGUAUAAUUGAACUACACAAAACAUCAUAAUUUUUAAAGCCAACAAGAAAAUUCACACGAAAUAAUUAUAAAGAUUAGCUAAGUAAAUUCUCAUAUAACUCAUUGGUAUUAAAAUAAUCCGUUAUAAGACUUUAAAAUAACAAUUAAAUCCAAUUCACUUUUCCAAGCCUUUUUGGCAAGAAGCAAAUGUAAUACAAUAAGAAUUAAUUUAGUAAUCUUUACCUACGACAUAACCUUGUAAAGUCACAUAUUUAUGAGAAUGUAUGGUGCAUUGUUGUGGUGCUGUUGAACUUUUAAGUUUAUACUAUUAAGUGAUCAUUUCCAGCUGGUGAAUUUCUGCCAAAGCAUUUUAUGAAAAUUAAGUCUAUCGUGUUCAUUUCUGCUGUGUAUAGCCAAGAUUAUAGAACACUUGUAUGCGGUGUAUAGCAAAAAUUAUAGAACACUUGUAUGCAGUGUAUAGCCGAUAUUAUAGAACGCUUGUAUGCCGUGUAAAGCAAAAAAUAUGGAACACUUGUAUGCAGUUGAUAUUCGAUAUUAUAGAACGCUUGUAUGCAGUGUAAAGCAAAAUUUAUAGAACACUUGUAUGCAGUUUAUCGCAAAUAUUAUAAAUAAACUCAUCAUAGAUACCAGGAUUGAAAUUUUGUAUUUGCGCCAGACGCGCGUUUCGUCUACAAAAGACUCAUCAGUGACGCUCGAAUAAAAAAAAAAGUAAAAAAGGCCAAAUAAAGUACGAAGUUGAAGAGCAUUGAGGACCAAAAUUUCCUAAAAGUUUUGCCAAAUACAGCUAAGGUAAUCUAUCCCUGAGGUAGAAAAGCCUUAGUAUUUCACACACUUAUUGAACGCAGUGCAUGGCCAAGAUUAUAGAACACGUGUAUGCAGUGUAUAGCAAAGAUGGUAUUUUGAACACUUGUGUGCAGUGUUUAUCCAAGAUAACAUUUUGAAACACUUGUCUGCAGUGCAUAUUAAAGAGAACAUUUUGGAACGCUUAAAUGUACGCAUAGUCUUUUAUCUUAUUUUAAAAGAGUAAUUUUAAAUUUCAAAUACGAUGACUUCAGUGAAGAUAACCUCAAUUUAUGUAUCAAAUGUUUAAUGUAUUUGAAGAACAGUUUGUUUGCACAUUAUUUAAGCACAUAUCUCCUUGGUCAUACAAAUUAAUCACAGUUGUCACCUGUCGACAUUUUUGUGUUUUUGUGUCUACAUUAAACUUCAUUUGUGUGACUCGCCAGCAAGGUUGAACAACCAUCGUCAGUAAUCCAUGACUGAUUUCGAAUCGGUUCUCCCUUUUAAUUGUUUAAACUCAUUUAUUUUUAUUGUUAUUUUUUACAUCUAUCGCUAACAGUAUGCAUGGUUGGCAGCUGAAGCUUUUUACAAUUAUCUAUUUGGAAGUUUCAAAGCUCUUCAUUUUCUAAAAUGAGUUUUGGAAUUUCAGCUAUUUUGGCCCCGAUCAUCACUAACGAGAAAUUUAUUGUCGAAAUGCACAUCUGGUGCUGUAAAAUUGAUGAUGUUAAUGUUAUUGGUACCAUUAUCCAUUCUGUGUUUUUAGCGAAUAUAUGUGUAAUGGAAAGGAAACAGUAAUUGUAUUUUAUACCAAUCAUAUGAGAUCUGGGGCGGAUCCAGGAUUUUAGGUUAGGGGGCGCAAACUUAAAUUAUUUUGAGGUAAAAUUAUCGAAAUAUUCUUUAUUAAGCUGAGGACAACCCAUGCUUUGCAAAUUUUAGGGGGGGGGGGGGGGGCACGCCCGCCACGCCCCCGCCUGAAUCCGCCCCUGGAGAUAAUAAUUUUUUUAAACUUAUUGACAUAAUUUACUCAUUGGGUUGUUCGUACUUCUUUAAAAGGUUCGAAUCCCCAAACAAUUGACAGACGUGAUAAAUUUUCAUUGUAAAUAUUUAAGUUUCACAUGAUUGUAUAUAACUUGGCAGUAAAGUGUCUAGUUACAGCUACUUUAUAACUAGUUUAUGGUUAUAAUAAAGCAUUAAAGUGAUAAAAGGACAUCGUUUGAAAAUACAUAUUAAGAAUGUUUUUCCUUUGCAAGUAAGUAUUAUAUUAAAUUCCGCUGUUGCAUCAUGGUACACAUCUUAUCUCAGUAUGCUACUUUCAAUAGGAUUAUUCAUAUAGAUGAACAUGUAUUGCCAAAUAUUAUGUGAUAAUAACUAAUAUGUUUAUGUAAUAUUUGAAUUGAUACCUGGUUAUUGUCGAUUUUAAGUUAUUUAAUAUUUGUUUUUUUUAUAAAACUUGUCUGUAUGUUGAGACUGCUAAUGUUAUAAUAAUCUCAGUUAGGAACAUAUUAUGUCAAUGGACAAAAGCUAGGAAAUGAAACAUUAGAGGACUAUGCUGUCGUAACCAUGCAAAUAACCCAUAGUAAACUAAAAUUAGGUUGUAUAGUCAUUUGACAUCCUGCAAUGAACAUGUGUAUUUGCUAUAUUUUAAUUUAUUUAUACGUUUGACAACAUUAUCAUUUUAUCAAAUAACCUAUUGACAAUGUUCUGCUAGAAACACCUCAAGGUGUAUAAAGACGUCCAAAGUGUCCUGCACAAAUUUACUACCGUACUUUCUAUUAAGUUCAAUAUUUACACAGUUUUGAUUUAAAGUAAAGCUUAUAAUAGACAUUGCCCAUCAGAUAUUUUCACGUAUAUUUAAACUCCCAUGGAACCACUGUUUUCUAACAUACAAAAUUCUCUCACACAUUAACGUUUUAAUUGUAUUUGAGACAUCGUGCAUUAAUUCAUACUAUUAGUCAAGGUGUCAUUUGUAUGAGAUGUUUUAAAUACUUAUUCCUGUAGAUAUGUAGUUUCAUUGUAGAUAUAUUGACACAAAAUAAACGUCAUUAAAAUAAACUAUUUAAGGUGUCACAUGUUUGUAUUAUUCAACAGUUUUAUAUAAAUUUUCUCUCUCUCUCUCUCUCUGUACACUUUUUUGUUUUGUUUGAUGCUUCUGUUAUGAUAAUGAAAUGACAAAUGUAUCGGUUAAGCUUCUAAGGUAUGCGAACCUUUUUAUUUAUUUUUAUUUUUUAAGUUGGGGCUUUUAGAUAUUAACAUUUUAUAAAAGAUAUGCGAUAUUUCAAUUGUCGUAAUGCAUCUAUUUCUUUGUCACGAAAAAAUUGUUUAAACCAAGUACAAAUUAAAAUAACCAAGUUGAGACUACUUCAAUACGUAACCGAUCAAGCAAACGAAAACAAAUUACAUUUUACCUAUUUAACAUGCUAAGUAAUUAUAAAAAUGUUUAUCUCAUUUAAACCUAUCGCCGUGUAUACCUGAAACAUUACGAUAGUUUAUAUGUCUAAACCAAACAUAGAGAUAAAUAACCACGGGAAACAUUUGAUUAAAGAAGAAUUAGUGGAAGGAAGCAUGGAGUGAACAGAUAACAAGCUGAAGUCAAAAUAAGAUUAUAAAAUGAAUAGGCGAAAGCCUUCUGUACAAGUGGACAAGCCCAUCCCACAAAAGAAGUCACGCAAGGUUACCAUCGUAAGGGAAGUAUCCCCUUUAAUGUCUCACGUCGGUUUCCAAGGAGGACGCCAUUUACACCCAGAUCGACUUCCAACAAAACAACAUGACGCAACUGUAUCACUUCGUAUUUUUGAUACUAAAGAAGAAACGAUAGAAAAUGUUCAAAAAUAUUCAGACUCUCUUAAAAGAUUACUAGUAUCAGGUAUACAUCUGAAAACUGUACCGGAAAGUUUAAUAGAUCGUCUUACUCAUCUAGAGAAGUUAGAUUUAAGCAACAACCAAUUAGGAGAUGGUGCUAUUCCAGAAGACAUGAAAAAACUUGAAAAACUGUCUGAUCUUAACUUAAACAAUAAUAAGCUGACAAAGGUUCCUCCUGCAAUUAGACGACUCAAAUACCUAGCCAGAUUAGAUUUAAGUAAAAAUGGGUUGGACAGUCUUAAAGGUCUCGAAAAGAAUAGACGAAUGCAAAUACUAGUUUUAGACAAUAACAAAGUAACCAAUGUCUUUCCAGAUAUCAGUCAUAUGCAAAGGUUAGAAGUUCUUAAGUGCAAAGAAAAUGUUGUUAAAGAGAUUGAGUGUGAUGUUCGGAACCUCAGGUCAUUACGAGACCUUGACCUUUCAGGGAAUAGUAUUGUAGUGCUUCCAUCUGAUGUGUUUUUUCUACCCAAACUAGAAUAUUUAAGUGCUAGUCAAAAUAAAAUUUCAAAAGUGCCUGUGUUCAAUAUCAAAGUGAAUAACAAACAUGAGAUUUCUGACAUUGAUUUGUCUGACAACAAAAUCACAAAAUUUCCAGGUCAUCUUUUACGAAUAUGCAAAAGGACUGAUCUAAGUAGCAAUAAAAUAAAAAAUCUAAAUAUUAACUCACUUAAAAAUUUAGAACGGGACCCCGACAAAGAUCUCAUUAUUGAUGACAAUCCUCUAGUUUUCCCACCAGCAGACAUACAAGAUCUACGCUCAAUGAUGAUUUAUAUGCACGAAGAGAGAUUAAAAAUGAAAGUGUACCGUGGUGUAAAAGUAGUUGUUCUGGGUUCACAUCAAAGCGGCAAGACCAGUCUAAUUCAGUCUUUGAUAGACCAGCAAGGCAUUUUGUCAGAAGAUGUACAUGAAGCUGGUGCAGGAAUAGAAUCUUAUGAUAUGAGUAUAGAAUACGAACCGGAAGGAGACGAAGAACAAGGCAAAUCACUCAAUUUAUGCAUAUGGGACUUCUGUGGUCACGCAUUUUACAGAUACCCGCACUACCUCUUUUUUGAACAACCAUCUAUUGCAAUUUUGACAUUUGAUAUGAAGGCGUAUUCUUCGGAGGAAUUUGACGAUUUAAUUGCUUCUUGGUUUGACUGGAUGAUGGCAAAAACAAACAAGAUAGUAACAAUUUUGGUUGGCACACAUGGAGAUUUGUUGACUAAAGAGCAGCAGAAUGACGUCAUUGAAGAUGUUAAAAAACAAUUAGCAGAGUACAAGGAAACGAGAGCUAGAUCGAUAAAUGAAAGGAUACAAGCUUUCCGAAAACCAGGAAUGAAACUCUCAAAGGCUCUUUCAGAACAUUUAGUCGUUCUUUCUAAAUUGCAAUAUUCAUUUGAUCAUUUACGAGUCCCAAACACAAUCAUAAUGACGAGUUCGAAGCAAUUUGUCGGGUUUGAUUUAUUGCGACAAGAAAUAGAAAAGCUAGCGAGAUCUGAAAAUUUUCCGAACGUCAUGCAAGAAAUAAAAACGUUCUGGGUAGACGCAGAGGAUUACAUUGAAGAAAAAGGUGUUACUAUGGUUCAACCAGUAAUGACAUUUGAAGAGUUCAGAAAUGAAGUUGAUGAAAAAUUCGGAAUGCGAAGAAUGAUAAGUGCUAUGACAGAAUAUCUGCACGAAAAGGGAAAGGUUCUUAAUUUCGCUCAAACACCUUCCUUGAAAGACUAUGUAUUUGUGAGACCGUUGUGGUUAUUCGAAUUACUUAGACAAAUAUAUCAUCACGAUAUAGCAAAUAUGUUAUCAUACGAGAAGACAAACUCUUUCAAAGCUGUAGGAAUGAGUACUAACAGGUUUGAAAGAACAAAGAGUGAGUUACUUUCUGAAGGAGUAAUAGACCGUGAGUUGCUCCAAGGAAUGAUCGGCGAUUUAGUUCCAACAGAUAUGAAUGAUAUAUUUGAUGAUGUUAUCAAAAUACUUCUUGAUGGAUUUUGUAUCGGAUACCCAGUUGUCAAACUUAAAGAAAGUUCUCAGGGCAAUGCGAAAUAUAAUUAUCAUGUUAAGCAAGACGACAAAGGAAAAAUGAAAAUACAGAAAAUUCUCAUUCCAUGGCUACGCAAAAUUGGUGAACCAGAAGACAUGAAAGAGAAAUGGCAGAGAUUGUCAGACAGAAAGAAUAUUCGUAUUUUGUGCAAAUUUCCGAUUUACUUUCCUCCAGGAUUUUUCGAAACGUUAUGCAUUCGAAUUCACCAAAAGAAAACAAGAACAGACUAUCCUGACAAAAUUAAGAAAAUAGAUUCUCAAGAAAAAGUUAAGAUGAAUUUUAUGGCGCAUUGGGGAGGCGGGAUACAUGCAAGGAAUGAUGAACAUAAAGUUCAUAUAAAGAUUCAUUACGUACCUGGCGGAGAUAAUGUUGGUACUGAUUUAUUGUUUGAAUUACGAGCAGACAUCAUUGACAUUGAUAAGGAGGACGAAGCUGCACCUGGUACCAUGUGGAACCUCGUCUAUCCUUUAUUGUUUGAGUUUGAAGAAACGAUAAAGAGUUAUGAAGGUAGUAUUUUGGUAGAGAGAAGGGUGUGUUGCCCUCUUUGUACUAGCCCGUCCUUUGUUGGUGAGUGGCAGCAACCUAAACAGUUACAAACAGAACUACAAGACAAUCUACAAAGGAAAUGUGAAGCAUGUCAAGAAAUGGUUGAAACAGACUAUCUUAUACAGCCACGUGGACAAAAAACAGAUGAUGUCUUAAAAGAAAUAAUCAAACAAAGACAGAAAAGAAGAGCUGCUGUUGCAGACCAGAAGUCUCUAGCUGAUCUCAUUGACCAAGAAAACAGACAAUACACAACACCAUCACCAUCUGGACGGCGCAGCCGAGGUGCAAUGCUUCCUAUACCAGAUUUGUCACAACUUCAACUUCUUCAAUCUAAAUUCACUUCACCGGAAGCAGAUGAUGAUGGAGAAAACAUGGAGGAACCAAGACAAAAUGGCUUUCCCAUAGAAACGAUGCAUAACAAUAUAGAUACUCCAUCGAAUUCUGCUUAUCAAGAUCUGUCUGAUUUGGACGAGGUAGACAUUGAACAAGAUGUAAAUAAUGACGCAUGUGACAAUGAUGACGACAUUCCGCCUGGUACAUAUGGAUAUGACGAAUAUACGCAGACAAGUCCACAAACUAAUAUAUCGCGUUAGAUUAAAAAAAUAUAGCUGUAGAAUGAACUAAUUCGUAUAAUACUAUCAGGUCAUUCGAAAAAUCAAUAUUUUUCAUUGUUUUGGUUGAAUAUCAAAUUCCGUAAACACCACACUGUAAAUUAUUACAUUUUUUGUUAUUUGUGAAAAUCAGCUUUAUCAUAACAGUAAAAGUUCAAUUUAAUCAUUUUAUGAUUGUUUGUCAUACAUUGGAAAUCCAAGUCCGCUUUGAUCAAUUCUUGUGAAUAUUUUGCCAAAUCAUCGGACUGAAGAAAGUAAUCACCCUUUCGAAAGAACGAAUUACACUGGACAGGUAUUAAUUACUAUGAUGAAUGUAGUUAUGACGUCAUAGGAAGGCCACUCUUGUGCAUUUUUGUGAAAUUACAUAGAUUUUAUUAGUGUUUCAUAGAUUUUCGGAGUAGCAAAUAAAGAGCACAUAGAAAUCCAACUAUAUAUAGAUAAUUUACUGCAGCCUUGAAUCAUAUGCUUGUAAAGUUGUAUUUUGUUCUUGCAUGCGUUCGGAUUUGUCAUUUAAACUUUUUAUAUGAUGAUGCACAAGUAAGACUAUUUCCGAAUCGUCAUAUUAAGAACUUGCUGUUUUAUAUUAAAAAUGACUUGAAUGGUUUCAGCGCUUAAUAUCCUAAGUCAAUGAAAAUAAGCUUUCUUCAAAUUUUGUAGAUUUUCAUAGUUGUUGGUUUUGAACAUUAAGCAAUCUAAAAGACAUGGUUUCGACUGUGGUUUAGUGACCAGAGUUUUCUUUUUUAUGCUGAAUAUUAAAAGGAAUCUGUAGAUUUUAGAUAAGCGUAUGUAGCAAAACUGUAGUGAUAAAGCACAUUGUUAUGUUUGCACUGGUUAAGUUGUUAACAAUGUUAUCUAUUGUAUAAUAGAAUAUAAUUGAAUGCAAUUUAAUUGCUGUGUGUUGACAAAUAAAACUACAUAUUUAGUGUAUUCCCAAUAUUACGAGCAAAAUAUUUCAAUUUUAUUUCCCUCAGAUUUUAAUUUUUGCUCUUUUAUUUAUAAAUGUUCAGUGGUUGAAUGAAACACGAUUUGAUGCACUUAUAAAUGCAUGCAUGUAGCAUUUCGUCAUAAAAAAAUGAUCAUCCAAUAUCAAAAGCAUUAAAAAAAUCAUUAAUAUGUACGUAUGAGACAAUAAUCUGAAUAGACAGAAUGGUAUAUAAGACAAAAUUGCUUGCCUAUUGCCAAAAACGUAGGAUAUUUAUAAGUAUUUAGUAAUAGUAAUAAAAUGAAUAAAUGUGAAUAAUUUAGACUAACAUAAAAACGUAUUCCAUUGUUUUGUCACUUUUGUCACUGACAAUUGACUUUCUAGUUUAAGUUAAAAAAAAAUAGGGCACGUAUAAUUUUAAAAUACAUAUAAGGAAAAAAUACUGCACAUAUUUGGGUUACAAAAUGAGACAUCCGAAAUACGCUUAAUCUAGAUGGAUAACUCUAGAUUUCAUCUUUCAAUUCAUGCCAAACGUUUCUGCUGAUAUUUGAAUGUUUUGUCUAUUUUCAUGUUUAUAAAUUAUGGUGAUUCGUUAUAAAAUUGUUGUUACAGUCUAGUGAAAGUAUUAAAAUAAUCUGUUACAUUG